UUGCCAGUCUGGAAGUCAAACUCGUUGUUGUUGGAGUUAGUGUUUCCGUCACUGCCAGGUGAAGGCGAGUCAUUCCGCAGCAUCUCAGACUGUAGGGAGGCCCGGACAGCUGAGGAGCGUCCAUGCUGUCCUGCCGCCUGAGCUCUGGAUCCACCUGGCCGUGGUGGCCUGCGGCAAUCGGCUGGAGGAGACGCUGGUCAUGCUCAAAUCGGCCGUGCUUUUCAGCUACAGGAAGAUCCAGUUUCACAUCUUCACUGAAGACUCUCUGAAGCCUGAGUUUGAUAAGCAGUUACGACAGUGGCCUGACUCAUACACAAAGAAGUUUGAGCACAGGAUCUACCCCAUCACCUUUUCGGUUGGAAACCCUCAGGAAUGGAAGAAGUUGUUCAAACCCUGCGCUGCCCAGAGACUCUUUCUUCCGGUGAUUUUAAAGGACGUGGACUCGCUUCUCUACGUGGACACUGACGUCCUCUUCCUGAGACCUGUCGAUGACAUCUGGAAGCUUCUGCGGCAGUUCAACUCCACCCAGCUCGCAGCCAUGGCCCCAGAGCACGAAAUCCCCAAGAUCGGCUGGUAUAGCCGCUUUGCUCGCCACCCUUUCUACGGCUCUACAGGAGUUAAUUCAGGGGUCAUGCUGAUGAAUUUAACUCGGAUAAGAAGUACCCAGUUCAAGAACAGCAUGACUCCGACGGGCCUGGCUUGGGAGGACAUGCUGUACCCGCUGUACCAGGCGUACAGGAACGCCAUCACGUGGGGGGACCAGGACUUGUUAAAUAUCAUCUUUUACUUCAACCCAGAGCGCCUCUACCUGUUCCCCUGCCAGUGGAACUACCGGCCGGAUCACUGCAUGUACGGGAGCAACUGCCGAGAGGCUGAGCGCGAGGGCGUGUCGGUCCUGCACGGCAACCGGGGCGUCUACCACGACGACAAGCAGCCCACCUUCAAGGCCCUCUACGAGGCCAUGCGGGACUUUCCCUUUCAAGACAACCUCUUUCAGUCCAUGUACUACCCUCUCCAGCUCAAGUUCCUGGAGACGGUGCACACUCUCUGUGGACGGAUCCCACAAGUUUUCCUGAAGCAAAUCGAGAAAACCAUGAGGAGAGCUUAUGAGAAGCACGUCAUCAUCCACGUGGGCCCUGACCACAGGCACUGACCGUCUCCUCGAGUUCCGGGCCCUCAGGCUUCUGUGGCCAAGGAAGUGCCCAGAUCUUUUCUGUGUGAAUAUUUUUAAUGGUGCUUCAUGACUGUUGAGUAUUAGAAGGCUUAUUACAUUUUGCUAAAUUAGUUGCCCCAAAAAGGGAACAUGCCUUUAAUUUUUCUAAAAUCCUAUUUAUCUCUUUAAAAACAAAAACAAAAAGCCUACUACUGUGCAGGUAACAGUGUUCCAGCAGGUCCGGCUGGCUGUGGAAAGGAACUUUCCAGAGCCUUCCAAUUCUCGGCUAGUGUGAGAGGCCAUUUCAGUGGCAUCUAACGAUCCCGAGCCUCCUUCUAUGCAAUUGGCACCCUCACCCCUUGUUACAAAAGUCAUCCGUCGUUAUGAGGCAAACAAACAGACUUUAGAGUACAGGUCAAGGGUCCAAAAUCAAGAUUAGGUUAGUCGUCCCACCAACCAGUGGAAAAGAUGGUCACCAUUUUAAUGGACCUCCUUCCAGACCUCCCACCACCCUACCUUUUUUAAACCUUUUUUUUUUCUUAUUUUCUACGUCUGAUUUUCCAUUAUAACUCAUAUUUACAACAGGUAAUCUCAGUAACAGUGGCCCCUAUGUUGAGAUUUUUAUGUAGGAGACUAAAAAGUCAGACAAGAUGAUUAUGUUUACAGCAUUUUACUCGAAUGUAUCUGGAAGAAGCAUUCGGAUCUCAACUGACUGGGCAUGUUCAAGGAUGAAGCAUAUAUCUGAGGGUGUUUCUCAAGAAAAUUGCUUACAUUUGUGGAGGACUAAAUCAUGAGAAAUGUCUAUGCAACAGUAAUUUCUGGAAGGAAAUUCAGUAAUUACACGGACCCAGGAAACUCUUUAGCAAAGUGUGACUUUGUGUUCACUCAGAGACAAACAAAUUGGGUGUCUUCAGCCAUCAGUAGGCGUGGGCACCUCUCUCCUGCUCUUGGGAAGUGGUGGAAAUCAAUACCAACUUCAGAUUUAAUGGGAUCAAAGCCAACAGUUCUAAUUCCAUUGGCAAGAAAAUUUACCUCACUACCAGCCUCAGAAAGUCUGAUUUUUUUUUUUU